AUGUUCUUUCUCUUUCUUCUUUCCUUCUUUUAUAACCCAAACUUUAUUUCAUUAUUCAUUUUUCUUCUUUCUUUCCCAUUACUUCUUCCUUUAUUUUUCUUUAUUUUCUUCUUUAUUAGUUUUUUUAUAAACCAAUCUUUUAUAACCCAUUUUCUUCAUUUUCUUCCUUCUUUUUCUCUCUUCUUUCUUUUUAAUGCAUUUUUUCUUUCUUUUUCUUCUUUUGUCUCUUUUCUUCUUUUUCCUUUUUUAAUUAUAACCCAAUCUUUCUUUUCAUUCAUUUUUCUUCUUUCAUAUUCGCUUUUCUUUCUUUUUUUAAUGUAUUCUUUUCUUCUAUUUCUUUUUUUACUUAUUUUUCUUCAUUUUUUUCUCUUUUCUUUCUUCCCUUUUUUAAUGUAUUCUUUCUUUAUUAAUUUUCUUCCUUUUUUUCUUUCCUUCUUUUUAACCCAAUCUUUAUUUCUACAUCAAUUUAGAUUUCUUUAUUCUUUAUUCUUUUUCUUUCUUUCUUUCUUUCUUUGUAAUCCACCCUUUCUUUAUAAACUUUUCUUAUUUUUUCUUGUUUUUCUUCAUCAUUUUUCUUUUCUUCAUUAUUUAUUUAUUUAUUAA